AUGGACAACCCAGAGUAUUUGAAGGGACUUGAACCCUUUCAGGAAGGAAUUCCUGCCUGGGAUUUGGAAGCUAACAGAGAGCAAUACCUUUUGAAUGAUUCAAAGAAACAGCAGUUCGAUUUAGAAGGGACAAUUAAAAGGUUUCAACAUUUAUUGAAUCUCAGUGGGCUUUUCAGGCACUUUAUAGAGCGAAAAGCUGCCAAGGACGCUAGAUUCCAAAAAGUACUUCACAUCUUGGACAAUCCGGCCGGGAAGAAAUCCAAAGCUGGUGCCCACCAAGACAAAAGAAGACGGAAAACUGAAACUGAGGAGGAUGCAGAACUUCUGAGAGAAGAAGAGGAUGAAGUAGACGGCGAAGUGGACUAUAUUUUUCGGGAGUCGCCGCCGUUUAUCAACGGAUCGCUCAGGCCUUAUCAAAUUCAAGGUGUGAAUUGGUUAGUGUCACUUCAUAAAAACGGUCUGGCUGGUAUCCUGGCUGAUGAAAUGGGCCUAGGGAAAACCCUGCAGACGAUUUCCUUUUUGGGUUACCUGCGGUACGUGGAAAAGAAGACUGGUCCUUUUGUUGUUAUCGCGCCAAAGUCUACCUUGAAUAAUUGGUUGAGGGAAAUCAAUCGAUGGACUCCUGAAGUGAGAGCUUUUAUCUUGCAAGGGGACAAGGAAGAAAGGGCCAAACUGGUCUCGAAUAAAUUACUGUCUUGUGAUUUUGACAUUGUAGUGGCAUCUUAUGAGAUCAUCAUAAAGGAAAAGUCCUCUUUCAAAAAGAUCGAUUGGCAGUAUAUUGUCAUAGAUGAAGCACACAGAAUCAAAAAUGAGGAGUCGCUCCUCUCGCAAGUUCUAAGAGAAUUCAGCUCUCGCAAUAGACUAUUGAUUACUGGUACUCCGCUUCAAAACAACCUUCAUGAAUUGUGGGCUCUCUUGAACUUUUUGCUGCCCGAUGUUUUCUCGGACUCACAAGCAUUUGACGAUUGGUUCUCGUCGGAGUCAAGUGAUGAAGACAAGGAGAAAAUUGUCAAGCAACUGCACACAGUAUUACAACCAUUUUUGUUGCGGAGACUCAAAAAUGAAGUCGAAACAUCAUUGUUGCCCAAAAAAGAGCUCAAUAUCUACAUCGGGAUGUCAACAAUGCAAAAGAAGUGGUACAAACAAAUUCUUGAAAAAGAUCUGGAUGCCGUCAACGGUGCAAGCGGAGCCAAGGAAUCUAAAACCAGACUUCUUAAUAUCAUGAUGCAGUUGAGAAAAUGCUGCAAUCAUCCCUACCUCUUUGAUGGUGCGGAGCCAGGCCCACCUUAUACCACGGACGAACAUCUUGUUUAUAACUCUGCUAAGUUGAAAGUUCUGGACAAACUGCUGAAGAAAUACAGAGCAGAAGGAUCUCGUGUUCUGAUUUUCAGUCAAAUGUCGAGAGUCUUGGAUAUUUUGGAAGAUUACUGCUACUUCAGAGAUUAUCAAUACUGCAGAAUAGAUGGUUCGACGGCACACGAGGACAGAAUUGAAGCUAUCGACGAGUACAAUGCUCCAGAUUCUCAGAAGUUUGUAUUUCUACUGACUACACGUGCUGGUGGUUUGGGUAUCAAUCUAACCACUGCAGAUGUCGUCGUGUUGUUUGACUCAGACUGGAACCCUCAAGCCGAUCUCCAAGCCAUGGAUAGAGCACACCGUAUCGGUCAGAAAAAGCAGGUCAAGGUAUUCAGACUAGUGACAGACAACUCAGUGGAGGAAAAAAUUCUGGAAAGGGCUACUCAGAAGCUACGGCUGGAUCAACUGGUUAUCCAGCAAAGCAGAAGUGCUGCAAGCAAGAAAGAUACCAAGAAGGGUGAUUCGAAGGAUGCUUUGCUAUCGAUGAUUCAACAUGGUGCUGCUGACGUGUUCAACUCCAACAGUGAGGCAUCAAGCAGUAAGGGAACUCCUCAGCCAAAUGCAUCCGGCGACAUCGAUGGUGACUUAGAUUUAGAUGGCUUGCUGGCCAAAUCCGAGGACAAAACCCAAACUUUGAACCAAAAGUACGAAACUCUUGGCCUGGACGACUUGCAAAAGUUCAAUCAGGACUCGGCUUACGAGUGGAAUGGACAGGACUUUAAAAAGAAAAUUCAAAAGGACAUAAUCGCUCCUUCGUUGUUGAAUCCAACUAAACGUGAGCGGAAAGAAAACUAUAAUAUUGAUGGGUACUACAAAGACAAACUGAACCCUGGCCGUUCAACGACUCCUGCCCAACCAAAAAUGCCAAGACCCCAACCUUUUAACAGCCACCAACUACUUUCACCACAGUUGAAGGUAAUCUACGAGAAAGAAAGAAUGUGGAACACUAAGAAGAAUAACUAUAUUCCAACGAUGGAUGAUGUCAAAUUGACAUAUGGUGAAAUUGCGAGCGAAGAUGAAAAGCAAAGAAAAUUAAAGCUUCUUUUGCUCGCAGUUAACAAUGCUCAACCAUUAACGGAAGAAGAGCUCAAACAGAAGGCUGAUUUAGAAUCGGAGGGAUUCACCAAUUGGAAUAAGAACGAUUUUAGAAAAUUUAUUGCAUCUUGUGGCAAAUUUGGAAGGAACUCGAUCAAGGCCAUUGCCUUGGAUUUUGCACCCCAGAAGACGGAACAGGAAGUUCGUGAUUACGCCAAGGCCUUUUGGGCUAACAUCCAGCGCGUAGAGGACUACGAAAAGUAUGUGAAAAAUAUUGAAGCUGAGGAAGAAAGGAUCAGGCGUGUCAAAAUGCAACAGGAGGCGUUGCGCCGCAAAAUUGCGCAAUGUAGCAAUCCAUUGUUUGAUCUCACUCUCAAAUAUCCCCCUUCCAAUAGCAACAAAAGGAUCUUCUCUGAGGAAGAAGACCGAUUUUUGUUAUUGAUGCUGUUCAAAUAUGGAAUUGAUCGCGAGAAUGUGUAUGAACUGGUCCGGGACGAGAUUCGGGACUGUCCGCUUUUCGAGUUGGAUUUCUUCUUCCAAAGUCGGACACCUAUCGAGUUGAACAGGCGUGCCAUUACGCUGUUACAAUGCCUGGAGAAGGAGUUCAACGCCGGGGUGACAUUAGACGAUCAGAUGAAGCAGAGAUUGGAAGAUGAAGACGAGUAUGCCAAGAAGGUCGCGCAGGAUGAGAAGGAACGGGAGGCGCAGGAUACACACAAAGCAGCAGAAGCAACUGCUGUACCAGCGCCGGUUCCCCAGGAUUCCAACGGUCACGGCUCACUUAAGCGUGAUGUUGACGAUUUCAAAGAAGAAGAAAAAGACGGCACGAACGAGCCCAGUAACAACUCGGAUCCACCAGCUACCAAGCGGACUGCGAACGACGUGGCGAUUCAAGAUCUGGAGCCGGUCACGAAAAGGGCCAAAGCAGAGUAA